GCAGUGGCCGGGCGGCGCGCAGGGAGCGGGACAUAGGGGGCACGGCUCGGCACGGACAGCACCGCACCGGCAGCACCGGCACGGCCCAGCCCGGCGGCGCGCCCCGCUCGGCGCUCCCCUGCCGCCGCAGCCUCCCGGCGCCGCUCCGGGGAGCCGCUCCGCCGAUCGCUUGAUUUUGGGGUUUUGCCUCUUUUCUCCUUUUUUCCCUCCUUUAUUCUCCCUUUUUCUUUUCAUUUUUUAUCUUCUUUCGUUUUCCUAUUUUUUCUCUCCUUUUUACCUUUUUGUUUCCUUUUUUUCCUCUUUCCUUUUUUUUCCCUUUUAUCUUUUUUCUCUUUUCCCUUUUCCUUUUUUCUUUUAUUUUCCUCCUUCUUUCUCUUUUUUUUUUCCUUUUCUUUCCCCCCUUUCCUUCUUCUCUCUUCUCCGCCUUUUUCCCCCUUUUCCCCCUUUUUCCUUUUUUUUUUUUUUUUUUUUCCCCUUCCCCCCUUUUUCCCCCUUUUUUUCUCUCCCGCCCCAAAAAAGCCUUUUCCAGCCCCGUUCCCCGUAAGGGGCGCACACACACACACACACACACACACACGCACACGCACCCAGCCACACCAAACCCCUCGGCGGCCGCGGCCAGGGGGCGGGGAGACGGCGGAGGGAGCGGCGGCUGGCGGUGCGGGAAGGCGGGGACGCGGCUCCCCCCGGCCCGACCUCGGACCAUGUACCAGGACUACCCCGGCAGCUUCGACACCUCCUCCAGAGGCAGCAGCGGCUCCCCGGGACACCCCGAGACCUACUCCGGCGGCGCAGCCCAGCAGAAAUUUCGAGUAGAUAUGCCAGGAUCAGGCAGUGCUUUCAUCCCCACGAUCAACGCCAUCACGACCAGCCAAGACCUGCAGUGGAUGGUGCAGCCCACCGUCAUCACCUCUAUGUCCAGCCCCUACUCCCGCUCGCACCCCUACAGCCACCCGCUGCCCCCGCUGUCCUCGGUGGCCGGACACACGGCCCUUCAGCGGCCGGGCGUGAUUAAAACCAUCGGGACCACGGUGGGACGGAGACGAAGGGACGAGCAGCUGUCGCCCGAGGAAGAAGAGAAGCGAAGGAUCCGGAGAGAGAGGAACAAGCUGGCAGCUGCUAAGUGUCGUAACAGGCGUCGAGAGCUAACAGAGAAACUCCAGGCGGAAACUGAGGUGCUGGAGGAGGAGAAGUCAGUGCUGCAAAAAGAGAUCGCUGAGCUCCAGAAGGAGAAGGAGAAACUGGAGUUCAUGCUGGUGGCUCACAGCCCUGUGUGCAAAAUCAGCCCUGAGGAGCGCCGGAGCCCACCAUCCAGCAGCCUCCAGAGCGUUCGGACUGGAGCGAGCGGAGCGGUGGUGGUGAAGCAGGAGCCCGUGGAGGAAGAGAUCCCAUCUUCCUCUUUGGUCCUUGACAAAGCCCAGAGGUCUGUCAUUAAGCCCAUCAGCAUUGCUGGAGGUUUUUAUGGGGAGGAGGCACUCAACACUCCCAUCGUGGUGACCUCGACACCAGCCAUCACUCCUGGCUCCUCCAACUUGGUGUUCACCUACCCCAACGUCUUGGAUCAGGAGUCUCCUCUCUCCCCGUCCGAGUCCUGCUCCAAAGCUCACCGGAGGAGCAGCAGCAGCGGUGACCAGUCCUCGGAUUCCUUGAACUCUCCCACCUUGCUGGCAUUGUAAUCCCCCCGUGGCCCCCCAUUGCCAGUGUGUUACACCCCCCGCCCAGCUCCAUGGGGGGAGCCCCUCUCCAUGGGAUUAGAGACAGGCACAGGAUCGUUCAAGCACAAGGGCAGCAAGAACAAGGAUGGGGAAAUGCUGCAGCUUCAGGAAGGAGAGUGAGGACCAACGUCAGCUCCCUGGAGGCAGGAAACGGCAAGGGGAGGACUGACGCACCAGGACUGUUUGGAGAGGGCGACGUCCCCUCUGUAGGGACUGCCUAUGGAAACCUCUUCUCAACCGUAAUGGACUUGGGGAACACUCCUGGCCAGGACAGAAGGCGAGCUGCAGACAGUUGCUAGUCGUCCCUUUCCUUUGUGAAUUGAUCUGAUCGGUUAUGCUCUGUGCUUAGAUCAUUCUGGUUAGUUGACCUUACAAGUUCUUCUUUCCCUCUCUCUCUCUCUCUGCUUAUCAUUUCCAAUGUUGUCGAUCCCAUGACAUUUCAUCCAGUUGCUUUGAAGUCUAAAGGCUUGUUAGGAUCUUUCCUCUUGGGACAGGCUGUGGGAAACUUUGCCCGGGCGGGAGGGGGCAUGGCCAGGAGCUGGUGGGGGGACCAAGAGGAGCCCAAGGGCUCAGCGGCAAGGGCAGAGCUCAUAACUGUGGCCUGUGGCAGAGACACAGUGAACAGAGAGAGCAGGAGGCUCGCAUGGAAGCCUUUUUUUCUUAAAAAGUAGAUAUAUCUGUCCCCUUGGGCUCCUCAAAAACCAAGUUAGCAUCUCAGGGCCAAAGUAGCAUCAGAAAAGCUGCUGGGUUGGCACUUACCGGUGUCUUUGGCAGGGUUUUAACCCCAACUUGGUAGAUACCAAAUCUGCUGCUGGACUCAUUGUUUACUUUUCCUGGGCUGCCUGCUCUCUAGAGAGCAUUGCAUCUUUCUCCCCGUCAGGGCUCCUGACUCAGAUGCUGAUCUCUUUCUGUUAGUAAAAUCCUCUCCUCCCCUUGGCCAUAUUUGCAGACCAUGCUACCAAAAAAGUGGCACCGUGUGCUAUAAAUCCAGGAGACUGGCAGCGGAUAACGAGGUGAAACCACCUGGUUGUGCCCUCGCUGAGCUUUUCCUUGUUGGGAAACAAGGCAGCACGGAUCCACACAAUUGGUACCAGCAGGUGGUGUUUGCUCAGAGCUCCUCAGUUUCCGAAGCUGGGGUGAAGGCAGGGGUCCAGCCUCCAGCACGGGCCUCAAGGAGCUCCUGACCAGGCAGCAGUGGCAUAGCUGAUCUGAUGGCCUGCUCAAAUGAAACCAGAGCUUCUGGUAACAUCUGGUGCAACUGACAAAUUGACACUGGAAGAAAAUCAAUUACCAUUAUUUGCAUCUCGGUCAUUGGCCUCUUUUUAUGUUUUUAAAAUGUAAUUGAUCUGGUUUUGUUGGGGUUGACUGGCCUGAAGAUCCAAAGCCAAUCAGGGGGCUCUUCCUUCAGCUUUGGGUCCUUGUCUUCUCCAGCCACCUCUGGGCUUAGCGCUAAUGUUUGCUACUGAGAGCAGUCCCGUGCAUAACCUAUUCCUGCUUGGAGCCAAGCUCAGGCCCUGGCGAUGUCAAGGCACUGAUGAAUCAUGACCUUGUGCAUACGAGGACUGCUCAGCUUGCCAGCUAAGCUGCUUACAGGAUAGCUCUUUAGUCCAGUCUGUUGAAGCUGUGGUGGCAGCUAUUUAUUCUGAUGUGAGCUUUUCUUGUUUUCUUUUUUUUUUUUUUUUUUUUUUUUUUUUUAAUUGGCUGAAACAUGGGUAUUUCUUGGUCAGGCUGGACCUGGAGAAAUGCAAUAUGCAAUGACAGGGCCAGUGCUGUGAGAUGCUAAACUGCUGCAGUCCCUGCCAACUCCGCUGGGAAUUAAUAGGGCUCAGUCUUGUGGAGCCAGACCUUUGCUCAGCAGGGCUGGAUUCCCUCAAACCCUGGCCAAUGCCUAUUCCUUGAGUCAUUUCAAAGUGACACUACUUUGGCUGUAAAGGUAGACUUUCUUUUCUUUUUUUUCUUUUUUUUUCCCAAUUAUUAUUAAUUUUAAACCCAGGUAUUUGCCAGAGCUGCCAGAAAUAGAAAGAUAUGAGCGAUCUUUUUCCUUUGUAAAACUGAUUCAGUAAUUCAGGCUUUUCCUUUGUUGCUUAAACAUUUCCAUCUCUAUACCAGUGCUAGAGGUUUCAAAUUGAGCUUAAUAAGUAAAAUUGAUACAGGAGUCUGUUUGUCCUUAAAUGAUAAUCAAAGCUUUUUUUUUUCUUUUUUUUUUUU